GAUGCGAGGCAGGAACGUUUCUGUGCGUGCAGGCACGAUAAGGUUCGAGAUCAAGGUGCUGCGACCAGAUGGAACUAGCCGUGUCCGUGAGUGGAAUAACUGUGAGCGGAAUAAAAACCUCUCGAAUGGAGUGAGGUGUUCGGUGUGGAGGGAAUCCACUGGAAAUGGAUGGAGCCAGGGUGCGGGCUGA